AUGGCAUCAGUGUCGGCAUCGUCCCUUGAAGAAGGGCCCACCACUAACAACAACAAAUUGAUGGCCAACGGCAACAAUGGCCGCGCAGGUCACGAAGAAAUCCGCACAGUUCGCCUCGCCGUCGAACCUCCAGAUGGCGGCUACGGCUGGGUCGUCGUGCUGGCAUCGUUCCUGUGCAAUCUAACUGUUGACGGCAUCGCGUACACAUUCGGGCUCUUCCUCCCGGACUUGGUCACGUCCUUCAACUCGACAAAGUCCGCCAUCACUUGGGCGGGCUCGCUCCUUUCCGGCUUCUAUCUAUCCGCCGGGCCUCUGGUUAGCGCUCUAACCAACAAGUACGGCUGUCGCAAGGUGUGCAUCGCCGGCAGCCUGAUAGCCUGCGUGUCGCUCUGCACCGCAACCGUUGUGGACUCGGUGCCGCUCCUUCUGAUUUUCUACGGGGUGUUCGCUGGCACGGGAUUUUCGCUCAUCUACCUCCCGGCAAUCAUCUCUGUGAAUCAGUACUUUUCUCAGAAACGGGCAACUGCGACCGGAAUAGCGGUCUGCGGUUCUGGCUUGGGCGCUUUUGUUUUCGCACCUCUAGUGCAAUACCUGCUGCAGUACUACGCGUGGAGGGGAGCUCUUCUAAUACUAGCAGGUUUGGUUUUGAACUGUUGCGUGUUCGGAGCGCUCAUGAGACCUUUAGAGAUGUGGUCGGUCGCCGAAAAGCCUCUCAUGCAACGAAUUUGGGAAGAAAAAACUGGGCUCAUGAGGCAAGAUUCCAUAACUCAGAGCCAGUUCUUCCUUGUACAGCAUCCAGACGGGACGGUCGAGAAACGGCUCAAAGCGGGGGUCAACACGGAGCCGGGGGUGCACUCCACCUUGUUCUUAGACCAAUGGGGAAAAUCAUCGACAGAUGCUCCCCCGGCAUUGACUCUCUCACCAAUUGAAGAAUCGGACCACACGAAGAGCGGUCCGCAGGCCAAUGGCGUGAACCCCCACGUGUCCAAUCACGCCAUCACGAAUAUUGCAAAACGAAAAGGUCUGAUCGCUUCGCACAGCGCAGCCAGGCUCACGAUGUCAACGACCACGGUCCAACCAGACAUCCGACGCAAUUCCUCGACUCCCAAGUUUGCCUUGGGAGCUUCCCGGAAUUCCAUGCAACACCGCCCGUUGAAUGCCAUCACCAGCUCCGGUUACCACGCCACGGGAAUAGCUGGCUCGAAUCUCAACACCACGCAUGAGACGAUUUGCCUCCUGGCUCCGCCGCCGCCGCCGCUUGACUGCGGUCUCAAUCCACAGAUGCGUAAAUCUAUCAGAGAUCUAGCAAGGCCGAUGUACCGGAAAGAUAUCUUCUACUCCGGAUCCAUUCGCAAUCUACCGGAGUUUCGACAGUCGUCUGGAGACGUUCGUUCUUACAUCGCGUCGGUCUUGACCCUGCCCGGCGAGAACCAGUCGAGGGCCGCUAAGGUGGCAUGUGGAUGCUUACCGGCGGCCAUGCAGGACACCCUAGGCGAUAUCUUCGAUCCGAUGCUGCUCAAGAAUCCCGCUUUCGUCAUAAUCUGCAUCGCGAAUCUCAUCGGCAUGAUGGGUUUCAAUAUACCAUUCGUCUUCAUCGCGGACGCUGCCGUUACGAUGGCGAACGUCGAUAAAAACGCAGCAUCCAUGCUCGUAUCGUGCAUCGGUAUCACGAACAUGUUCGGCCGUUUGAUAUUCGGUCGUCUCUCCGAUUCGCCUCGUGUAAACUCUCUCACUGUUAACAACAUCACCCUCGUGAUAUCGGGAUUCGCCGUGACCAUCACCCCCCUGUCCCUCCAGCUGGGUGGCUACUCGGCGUGCAUGGUUGUGUGCGCCAUCUUCGGUUUGAUGGUGGCUGCCUAUAUUCUCCUGACUUCAAUCAUCCUAGUAGAACUGUUCGGGCUCGAGAGACUCACUAAUGCGUUCGGCCUGUUGUGCCUUGUACGCGGCCUGGCGUGCAUUCUCGGCACGCCUUUCGCAGGUGUUUUGUUUGAUCUGACCGGGUCUUAUCAAUGCCCCUUCAUCGUUUCUGGGAUCAUGCUGGCAAUCUCGGGUGGCAUUUCCGCCACUAUACCCUACGUGAAUAACCCACAUAAGAAUGUCCCCCCUCCUCCUGAGGACUUCAUGUCGCCCCUUGAAGAAAUACCGGAAGAGGAGUCGUUCACCGAAGACGAUUAUUCGCCGCGGCACGAAAGACGUAUCAGGGACCUCGAAGAUUCUUUGGCCGGGGAUGAGAGAGCUUCUCUCAUGGAGGAAGACGAGGACGACCUCCCGAUGACCAUAAACUGCGAUCCCAGAAUCGAUUCGGACGAAGAUACCCAGAAGGACGAUACGAUCGACGAUAAAGAUGGGGGUGAAAGAAUCGACAACUCCGUUCGCGCAGAGGAGGGCAGAGGCUGACUUUCGCACCUGGACCAAUUUCUUCAUGAUGCUGUUCAUUCUCGCCCGCGAAGAUGCGAAUAUUCCGAAACGGAAGCCCUUGUACACAUCAGGAUGUGAGGGUUGAACCGAUUCCCAGCGACAUCCAGGGUCCAAGCCCGUCGCGUUCUUGGUUCAUAUCGAAGCUUGUAUACUCUCUCCGUUUAGGAUCUAACAAAUUCAGUCGCAUAGG